AUGCCGAAAAUUGGUGAACCGUCCACAUCGAAAGGAGAAGAAAAGGCUGACACCAAUUCGGUGCUCCUUCAGGCACUGUCGGCCUUACGCUUGGUGAUGGAAAACGUGGCCGCGCAGCAGAUCCCGGUGCCUCCGAAAUUCCACAUCGGCGAUGAUUAUGACUGGUGGAAAUCACAACUCCGGCGAUACUUGCUCUCUCGCCGGCGAAAAACGCAAGAUCGAGAUGCCUUCCGCUAUUGUACACAACGAACUGAUGAAACGGCUCAACGAUUCGCAGCAGAACCACGGAAAUUAGCUGCGCUGGCAUUCCUCGAAUGUGAGGCUGCAUUUCGAGAACUGAUGCUUCUGUAUCAAUUUGCCGACGGCGUACGUUCAGCAGCUGUCCAGAACUCGUUCGUCGAACGGCCACCCGAAUCGUUAAAAGAAGCUGUUACUCGUGCCGCCUUGCUGGAAGAACCACGCGUGGCUACCGAUGCCCCGCCCAACCUGAACGCCCCAACCAAUUCGCCGCCCGACUGCAGCCAACGACCUAGACAAUACGUUGGACGCCGACGUCAGCCGCGAGAUCGACGUGGACGGCCCUGGGUUGCUCGGGAGAAUGCAGAAGACCCCAGUUCAAUUGAGUCACACCAAGAUGCUUAUUUCCCCUUUGUCUGUUCCAUGCCACUGAUCACAUUACCUACAAUCAUAGGAAGUAUUAACGGUGAUAAUGGUAGAAUGUUGGUGGAUACGGAGUUAGCAGUAACCUUAGUCCGAGACGCCCCUACAUUCCCCAGCAACGCACACCACCAGGACGGUAACUCUGGGCAGCGAACAACACAAGGAUAG